GGGUUCCUGCUCUAGUCCAGGGGGGUUGGAUUAUUAUGGAGAACUAUUAUUGAAGAGAGAUCCAUUUGUUGGCAUAUAAUAAAGAAAGAAUGAAUCAAGAUAAAACCUCUAAAUGCAAGUACCAGAAAAAUUACAACACAUCACAGUGAAUUUGCAAGUGGAUUGUCUUUCCUGUGGGUUGGCAGGCAGUUGUAGGACUGCAAAAUGGGUCUCCGGAUUCACUUUGUUGUUGACCCACAUGGUUGGUGCUGCAUGGGUUUGAUUGUCUUUGUCUGGUUAUACAAUAUUGUUAUAAUUCCCAAAAUUGUCCUCUUUCCUCACUAUGAAGAAGGACAUAUUCCAGGCAUAUUAAUAAUAAUAUUCUAUGGCAUUUCCAUAUUUUGUCUGGUUGCCUUAGUAAGGGCCUCAAUAACUGAUCCAGGAAGACUCCCUGAAAACCCUAAGAUCCCACAUGGAGAAAGGGAGUUCUGGGAAUUAUGUAACAAGUGUAAUUUGAUGAGACCAAAGCGUUCCCACCACUGCAGCCGCUGCGGCCACUGUGUUAGGAGAAUGGAUCAUCACUGUCCAUGGAUUAACAAUUGUGUUGGUGAAGAUAAUCAUUGGCUUUUUCUGCAAUUGUGUUUCUACACUGAACUUCUUACUUGCUAUGCACUGAUGUUUUCUUUCUGCCACUAUUAUUACUUUCUUCCAUUAAAAAAGCGUAACUUGGACCUCUUUAUUGUUAGACAUGAAUUGGCCAUAAUGAGACUAGCUGCCUUUAUGGGCAUUACUAUGUUAGUUGGAAUAACUGGACUCUUUUAUACUCAACUAAUUGGCAUCAUCACAGAUACAACAUCUAUUGAAAAGAUGUCAAACUGUUGUGAAGAAAUAUCGAGGCCCCGAAAGCCAUGGCAGCAGACCUUCUCAGAAGUUUUUGGCACUCGUUGGAAGAUCCUGUGGUUUAUUCCUUUCAGGCAGAGGCAACCACUGCGAGUUCCCUACCACUUUGCCAAUCACGUCUAAACAGAUGGAUGGUGGGCACAGAUGGGUCCUCCAUGCUGGAAAUGCGUUACAGGUUUUCUGAUAAUAGAACGAUGACAGUCUUCAAGUCAAUUAAAAUCCACCCACCAAUCUUAGGCAUCAUAAUGUGCCCCAGGCUUCAUUUUAAUAGUGAUCUUGAUCCUGUUGUGGGACUAACACAAGAACUAUAUUUAAGUUUCAAAGCAUGUUUACUUUCAAAUUAGCUUUCCACGGGGAUUUCUUAAAGUGCUUUUGUUAUUAAACUCAAAAGGCAGUGAUUAGGAUGAAAUAAUUGUACAUAAUUUCUUUUAGCACUGACAAUAUUACAGAUUUUAAUUUAUGGGAAUUUUCAGAUGUUUAUUUAAAAUUUUCACUCUUGAGCAAAACUAAUCAAAUCUGAAUUUAAUUCUUCAGCUUUUACAAAAGGUUUUACACCUUAUAUGUGAAAUUUCUUUUUCAAGUACAGUUUAAAAUAUGUUAAUACUUUUAUAUAUGCUGCAAGAUUUUUUUAAAAUGCAGCAUAGGAUUGAACAACAAAAAAGGGCAGUGUUUUCUUAGUAGCUUUCUAAUGUUUUCUCUUCACCAAAAACAAAAUACCACUAAAAUAAAGCACCAACUAUCUACCUUAUGUUAAAGGAAAGAUUAAAUGUUUUUCCAUGUUAAUUUUUCUGUUUCUUUUCCCUGUACUGUUGUAAGUAUUGAUUGUUGUUAAUAUAUUUGUUCUGAGGAGAAAACUUCGACUAAGUGGGCAUGUAUUCCUAUUUUACCCUAAGAUUUUGGUGAGCAAAUGGAUAGAGAAUUUGCAAUAAUUCCACAGAUAUCUUUUCUAGUGCAGUUAUACCAGAAUGUGUGUUUUUAAAAUGCUAAUAUAACUAGAAAAUAUAUAAUGUACAGUAUAAAGAGGAAUAUUGUGCUUUUGAAAAAUAUAUAUACUUUUUGCUUUUAUUUA